UUAAAGCUUUUAUCAUUUGAAUCUGUUAUCUCCAACAUGGCUUACAGUAGUCCAAUGUUAUCACCCUGUUUUAUGUUUAAACAUGACCUUAAACAUUGGACGAUAUAGUGUUCAUACUGAUAUUUAAACCACGUGAAACAAUUUCGAAAAAAAAUAUUUCAGCUUCUUUUUUCAGACCAUUGACAACCCUGGACUUAAAAGUGCUCCCGAGCGGAAAUGAAAGUUUACGGAAUAAGUUUUCAGUUGAUGUGAUUCUUUUAAUCCAAGAGGAUGAAAGUGAUAAUACUCAUUUUGCUGUGUUCAUAUUUAUUUGUUUGCCAUGUAUCCGCAACAUCAUCCCAGCCACCUAGAAAUAAUUACACAGUCUCCAAUGAUGACGUCACAUGUGUCAUCAUGACAGCGGGGUUUGAGCUAGUGGUUCCAUACGCAGGCAAUGCAACGAACUACACCACCAUUAUACCAGUGCCAAGUAGUCCAUACGUGAAUGGGUCCUGCGGAGUGGACAGAAACACUUUAAAUGUGUAUUUUAAUAACUCAUGGACUCUCACUUUCACUUUUACAAACUCAUCAAAAACAGAAUAUCAGAUGGACACAAUUUUGCUGACAUAUGCUGCGAGCAAUGCGUGGUUUCCUAACAUAUCAUCUGCCUAUGCCGGUAAGAUAUACACGUUUACCACACAGUUACCAGACGGGACAAACCAAGCACCUGUUAGCGGAUCCUAUCAAUGUCAAGGUCAGACAAAUUUGGCGCUAAACGGAAGCAUAGUCAUCAAUAUAUACGACAUCCGUUACAGAGCUUUUGGCGAAACGAAUACAACGUGGUUUGCCAACAGCAAUAUACAGCAAUGUACCCAGACUAGCCCAGUACCGCAAUCGGAUACAGCUGCCGCAGUGUCUGUUGGGAUAGCGCUAGCCGUAAUGAUAGUCGUUGUCGUCUUACUGUAUAUAGUUGUUACGAAAGUUAAGGGUGACAAAUACGAGUAUACAUAAAUACAUCAAAUAUGACCUUUAUUAUACCCAUCGAUACACAGUGUAUAGGGGCUUUACUGGAGUCAAGCAUGCCCGUUCGUCCGUAGUACCGCCCCUUCGUAUUCGUGUCCGCUUCAAAUCUUUUUAACUGCUUGGGAGAUAAUCUUGCAUCAGUUAUAAACCUCAUCCAAAACAACGUGCAGAGCGCACAACUAGGCUCUCUAUGUCCAAGGUCAGUGUCACACUUGGGAGGCCAAAGGUCAAAUUUUAACUUUGUGCCCGCCCCAUAUCUUCUAAGCCACUUGGAGGUUUACGUAAAACUGCAUCAAAUAACCACCCCAAUAAAACGAUGUGCAGAGCGCACAACUCAGGCUAUUUUGCCCAAAGUCAAGGUCACACUUCCUGUCUUCUAAACCGCAUGGAAGAUUUUCAUAGAACUGACACCAUAAUUUACUCCGGCGUCUUGAGGUGUCAAGUAAGAAAUAGCUCUAGUUUCAGUUUGUCAUGACUUCCGUAAACAUUAUCACCUGAAAUAUGUACAUUUUCAUAUGUCUCAUUAAUAAAUAAACAUAGUAAGAAUAGUU